UUUUUUUCCGAGGGCAGAUGUGGAAAGCAUCGGGGAGAGAUCGAGUUCAAGGAAACCGCGCCGGAUUCCUCGUGUGGCUUUUGGGGGGCUGGGGUGGGUGGGCUGCUUAUUUUUGAGAUUUUAUUUUUUUAACAAAAAAAAUUUCCAUACCUUUGAAAAUUCUACUUUAUAACAGCUGGGGGAACAUCUGUUUUUACCCGAAAGAGAGAAGAAGGGGAAGACUGAAAAAAAACCCCACCCCAUCUGUCUUCUCGAGAUUUUCUUCUAUAAUUUUUUUUCUCCCGUGGGUGGGGAGCGGUCUUAAAUUUUAUAUAUUUAUAGAGCCAGAGUAUUUAUUUUCAUAAAGAUCCAAAAUGUCGUCAUUUGCAAAAGAUUUUAGCAAAGCUAUGUCUCAAGCUGGUACUUCCCAGUUCCAGGAGGCGAUUAGGCAAGAACUGGAAUUUUCUAUGAAGGUGGAACUGGACAAGAUACUUUCAACUGCACCACAAAAUGAGCUAGAGCACACUAAAAAGGACCUGGAAGGUUUUAAGAAGCUGUUUCACAGAUUUUUACAAGAAAAAGGACCUUCUGUGGACUGGGGGAAGAUCCAGAGACCACCAGAGGAUUCUAUUCAGCCCUAUGAGAAGAUCAAAGCCAGAGGACUGCCUGAUAGCAUUGCUUCGGUUUUAAACAGGCUCGUUGUAGUGAAACUCAACGGCGGCCUGGGCACCAGUAUGGGAUGCAAAGGCCCCAAGAGCCUUAUUGGUGUGCGGAAUGAGAACACCUUCCUGGACCUCACGGUUCAGCAGAUAGAGCACCUAAAUAAAACCUACAACACAGAUGUUCCUCUGGUACUAAUGAAUUCAUUCAACACUGAUGAAGAUACGAAGAAAAUCUUGCAGAAAUACAGCCACAGCCGUGUGAAAAUCUAUACUUUCAACCAAAGCAGGUAUCCACGAAUUAAUAAAGAGUCUUUGCUACCCAUAGCAAAAGAUGUGUCUUAUUCAGGAGAGAACACUGAGGCUUGGUAUCCCCCCGGCCACGGGGACAUCUAUGCAAGUUUCUAUAAUUCUGGAUUGCUGGACAGAUUUAUCAGUGAGGGGAAGGAAUAUAUUUUUGUAUCUAACAUAGAUAACCUUGGCGCCACUGUAGAUCUCUAUAUCCUUAAUCACCUCAUGAACCCACCAAAUGGAAAACGGUGUGAAUUUGUUAUGGAAGUCACAAAUAAAACCCGGGCAGAUGUUAAGGGCGGUACGCUUACACAAUAUGAGAACAAACUGAGGCUGGUGGAAAUAGCUCAAGUGCCAAAACCGCAUGUUGAUGAAUUCAAGUCUGUCUCCAAAUUCAAAAUAUUCAACACGAACAACUUGUGGAUUUCACUGACUGCAAUUAAGCGGCUGCAGGAACAGAAUGCUAUUGAUAUGGAGAUUAUUGUUAAUCCAAAGACUUUGGAUGGUGGCUUGAAUGUUAUUCAGCUGGAGACUGCUGUUGGAGCUGCCAUCAAAAGCUUUGAGAAUUCUUUGGGAAUAAAUGUACCUCGUAGCCGUUUCCUGCCUGUCAAGACCACAUCUGAUCUUCUCCUUGUGAUGUCUAACCUGUAUAGUCUUAAUGCUGGAUCGCUAACAAUGAGUGAAAAACGAGAGUUCCCUACUGUGCCACUGGUUAAACUGGGGAGCUCUUUUACUAAGGUUCAAGAUUAUCUGAGGAGGUUUGAGAGUAUACCAGAUAUGCUUGAAUUGGAUCACCUUACAGUUUCAGGAGACGUCACGUUUGGCAAGAACGUUGCAUUAAAGGGCACAGUCAUUAUUAUUGCAAACCAUGGAGACAGGAUAGAUAUCCCACCGGGAGCAGUAUUGGAGAACAAAAUAGUCUCUGGCAAUCUUCGGAUCCUGGAUCAUUGAGCAGCUCUGAACUGAUGCAGUUAUCGGUCCUGCCACCACUAUCAAAAGAACCCGCCGGCAUUAGAUGUGUCCACAAAGGGGCCUCUAUAAUUAGUCACCCACUUGCUGUACCCUCCAGUAUUAUUUCCAAGUAGAUUUUUUCUGUACUUUCUUGAAGCUGCAGAAGCAAGUUUCUAAAACCAUUAACUCAGAGUUAAUAUAACCGAAAGUGCAAUAUUAUUUGUCUUAAGAAAAGGCAGGCAGCUCUUGCAUAAGACAUUUAACAUGCUAAUGUUCCAUGAGUUUUGCUUGUAACUGAAAAGCUGUGAAGCAGUACACUGUUGACCAUUAAUUGUAACAAGUUCAUGAAGUGUAAAUGGUACCCUCAAUUAAAAAAAAAACCCAACAGAUUGUUUGGUACUGAGGCAACUAAAUGACUUAAAAAUUCCAGUGCUCAAAUUGUUAAUCUGAGGACUACUGGCAGUUAGUUACUUCUAGCUAUGCUACUCUGACGUAGUCAGCACCUCACAUUUUAUUCUUCUCUGAAGCUGGCGGCGUCACUCUUGUGUAUUUACGCAAAGAAAAGACACCUGAGCUGGAAGUAUCUGAAGUGUCACCAUCACCCUCCUUCUAGCUUCUCUCCCAUGGCGCCUCCACGUGUUCCUCACUACUUUUAAAUAUGGAGCCAGUCUCUUCAGUGUAAUGUUCAUACAAUCAAACCAUGUGUUGACACAAUUAUAGAUGCAAAUAUCACAUCUGUACAGGUACUGAAAUAAAUAUCAAUCCCCAUUGUCUGGAAAA